AUGCCUACAGAACGAGCCCGACCUUCGUUCUAUCUACUCCCCCCAGAACGGUAUCUACCGGCAUCGGCCUUAUCAACUUGGCUCGGCCGGAUCGUCAAAUCCUAUUCCAAGCCAGACGCAAAUUUUGUGCCAGAUGAUCCGAAGCCCUUCGUAACGCACGAAUUUGCAAGAAGCACUAUCGCCAACGCCAGCCUCGCCGCAUUAUCACAGCGGAACAAGUCCUUUGCUGCCAAACUCGGCGCAACAGUUGACGUCUCCCGAGAAACCAGAAAUGGCGGAGCCCUCUCCUUCACUAGCUCCGAGGUCGUCUGCGUACGUCUUCAGAAUUACGACCAAGCUUUUGAUCAGUUGAUCCAGCAUGAGGAAACAAGAUCUCAACUCCAACGGAUGUUAGCUCGCGGCCGUAAUGCUGGUUUCAUGGUUACUGCGGUGCUCAUCUGGCAGGAUGCAACUUUCACGCACUCUAGAGAACGCGGGGUCACAAUCUCGGCCGGUGUUUCAGUGCCGGUGUCCACGAUUGUCUCGAGCACUACAGGCAUCUUACUCCCCUCUGAACUCACUGACCCAGGCGUUUUCGGGUCGCAAAGUCACCAAGAUACAGCCGAGUUCUCUGGCAAAAGCGCUGGGAGUAACAUCUUUGCUCUCCAGUACAAGACUGUGCGGAGAUCGGUUGUCUAG